AUGCACUCCAUCUAUAACAAUUAAGUACACUCGUAAACUGAGGAAUCAUACAAGGAACAAUUAAGGAAGCAUGCAUGUACUACUGUCACCCAUAACUUAUCUUAUAAUUAAGUACACUCAUAAACUGAAGAACAUAUCGUUUUAAAUUGUCACUCCUUAUGAACGUCAUAGUUCCUUGUAUGGGCUCUUUGUAUGGCGUCCUGGUUGGGUUUUCCUGCGUGCUCUGCCCUCUACACGUUCAGCGAUUGCAUUUGUGGCAAAUUGCUCUAUCACAGCGACAUGACUAGUAGGUUUAGGUGGCGUAAUCUUCCUUGUGCGUCCACGUUUCUGCUUUAGGCAGCCGGAUGUCUCGGAUUUGCUAGCAUCAUGUAGAGGGUUAUCUUUUUUGCUGGCAGCAUCUGGAGGGCUGUUCUCCUUGUUGUUGGCAGCAUCUGGAGGGCUAAUCUCCUGGACAUCAUCGUCUGCAGCAUUGGGUUGAACAAGCUUUGCAAUGCUUGCUUCGUAGGCCGUCUUCUGUAGAGCAGAAAGUGGUGCGUUAGUUGUAUUGUGCAAACGUGAAAGAUUAAAUAUUGAUGAACCGAAAUGCCGGUUGUGUAGCACUAACCGUUAUUGGAUUCUUAUAGGAUUCUAGCCGAAGCCGGUUAGAUCUGAACGCAGCAGACUUGAAAAUAUUUUCCAGCUGAAAAUAUGUAUCUGUGACUAAAUAUGAUAGCAGCACAUAUGUUAGCGUAGCAAAAUUAGUAACUACAAGAGUGGAAACAAAAUUAGUGUUUUGCUCACCCGUGUGAAAUCUUGGGCCAUCUUUUCCCCGUCCCAUGACAACAUGUAUUUUAGUGUGUAUGCACCACAAGAAUGGCUGCAAUGUGAAGUUUAAGCUCAGUAAUCUUUAGUAGUUCAGAAAUAAUUUGUAAUGCAAUACGUACCCGUCUGUCUGUUGUGGUAUGUUGGUAUAGCAUACUUUAUUCCAUUGAGAAAUGUUGAUGGGCACUCGUGCUUGUACUAAGCCGCACUUGACUGCAUCUUCGAUGCACGUCUGUAUAGACUCCGUUAGGCUAGUUUCCUUGGCCUCGUCACGAAGGUGUGGUAUAGAGUUGAGGACCUGAAUCUCUUCCUUAUCGAAAUUCAAUACCAGUAGAAGCCAGUGGGAAUCAUGUACAUUGAAUGGGAUUUGUACCUGCGGUUAAGUUUAUGUUGUCUAAGGUUAGGUAAUAAUUCGGAUAUGCACAAUAUAAAUAUAGUUUUGCAGGAUCGACGAGAUGAAAUGCUGCAUGUAGUUUCAGAUUAUGAAAUAGGAAAGCGGAACACGCAUACCUUUCGGUGUCCUACAAGUUUCUUUACUAUGCGAUCAAGCCAAUUGGUAUCUCGUCCGCGAAUAAUACCCCCACUUUGCCCUAACAACUUCCUCGUUUCUUUUGGGUAUACGACUGAUGUAGUAUCAGUCUCUACAUUGCUAAUGUAUGCGUAUGCAUGAAUAACCUGUAAAAGUUGCAAUCAUGUAAUAUGCCACCAGUUGGUAUAGUCAUAGCAAUUUGCAAUGUUAGGGGAUUACCUCAUCGAAAAUGAAUCCGCGGGUGACAUUAGGCCUUAGUAGAUGAACUUGAAGGACAGUCUCUCCAACGUCAACUACUUCAGCCAGGGGGCAACUUUGGCGGAUGAAAGCCGCGACCUUUAUGUCUUCGUUUGUCAACAUGUAGUCACUGUCGAAUACAGGCAUGCGCGGUGGGGUGAGUUUGUUGGUGACAUCUUUCUCCGGGUGCUUGUUGAUUUCCAUGUGAUCAUCACAGGGUGUUGUAGCAGCAUUCCUAGAUGGUUGAAAACGAGGAGUUGGUGCAACCUUGCCAUUAAUAACGUCGUCUUGUUCCUAUAAGAAUGAUUGAUCAUAAAUUUGUUCUUAUUAGCAAGUAAUAUAGGCCUACAAUUCUCACCGGGACAAAUGCAGCCGUAGACGUUGGUUGCGUGUUGCCAUGAACCAUUUGCCUAAAUCUCUGGACCACGAAAUACAUGCAAUGAAUAUAUAUCCAUGGGAAGAUGCAUUUUAAACCGAUGUUAGUGGUAUCAGAUACCUGGAAUUCUCUUUUGACCUCGAUGAGUUCAUCCUCCACCUUAGACAACCUUGUUUUGGUAGCAUUUUGUGUCCUAAUUUCUCCGACCUCCUCAGUCAAGGCGAGAAUUCUGGAAUCAAUUUUGUGCUCCAUGUCCAGUAGCUGUCUGCCUAUUUUUUUCUCGAUUUCUAGUCUUUGCCAGGAGAUAGUUUGCAUUAUCGCGUCCAUCUGUCACAUAAAUAAUGUACAAAACUAAAUGAGUAAGUUGAGUGCGAGAUUUUAUGGUACUGAAAAGAGUGUGACUUAGUUGGUCAUACUUGUUGAUUGCUAAUACGAAGAUAUCCUGGUUGUGCUUUGAAGCUGAAAUCUCCAUCCGCGUGUAUCUUUUCAUUUGCUGGCAUGGUAGGUUGAGCAUUGGGAAUGUUCAUCCGUCCAUUGUCAUCACAAAUGUUCAUCGUAACCUUGCAAAAGGUAGAAUGCAUCAGUCAUAAGAAUUAAAUAAGCUAAAAUGAAAUAGUUGUGCAUAUAAAAGCACCUCUCCUCGAUCUGGUCCUCCACUAACAUAGGCCGCUGCUCUUAGUGCUGCGUUGCCUUCAUCCCAUCUUGUCAUCAACGGAGGGGAUAUAGGAUCAUAGGAGACCGGCCCAGCAUGGACGUGCUCCCAGUACCAGAACUACAUAAAAGUGGUAGUUAAUAUACUGAACUUACUCAUAGGGAUAUUUGUCGAGUUUAUGUACUGAUUGUGUUUUACUGUAACAACACUUACUUGUAGCAAAGGUAAAUUUCCUUGAAGGCUUGUUCGGUCUAGGUAUUGAAAAUUCCGGAUGGAAUCGAACAAGUGAGCCAAUGUGAAACAUCCCCAGUUAAAUUUGGGAAUGUCUGCCACAUCCUUAACCAGGGCCAAAUAUUUGCGGUCUACAUAGUCGUUUGCUGUCGGUGCUAAAAUAAUACCAAUGGCAUACAGAACGAAAUGCCUGAUGAAGUGAUCAUCAGGAGUUGUGGAGGUUUUGAUCAGGGUCUCAAGGGUUGUCAGCAUUAGUCUAUUGUCAGUCUGGUAAGCAUUAAACAAGUCCAUGUUUGUUGAUCCUUGUCCUUCUGUAUGUUUAUAGAUAUCCUCCCCUUGAAUCGGAAUGUCCAUUAUAUGGGACACAUCCUUUUCGGUCAUAGGAAUUUCCUGUCCACACAACCGAAAGGUUUUCUUGGUGCAGAUGCAGCGCUUGGCAAGUCUCACUAGCAUUAUUCGUCGUAAAGACGUAGGCUUCAUUUGCAUGACUAGCACUAUUGGUCAUCCGGAACCAUGACUAGCACUAUUGGUCAUCCGGAACCAUGACUAGUAGUAUUGGUCAUCCGGAACUCAAAAAUACACGUACUACUAUGAAUUAUGGGCGUAGGAGUACAUCUUUUUUUUAUCUAUUCAUAAUUCUUGUCUCAAAUUUUUAGCUCUGGAUACACUAGUACGACGUAGGAGUACAUCUCUUUUUUUUAUUCGAAAAAAAAGAGAAUCCUGGGAAUACACUAGUACAACGUAGGAGUAGAACGUAGGGAAAAAAAAAGAUCUACUCCAAGUCUAUCACGAUCAGGGGAGAUUCUCACGGAGAGGAUCCUGGAUUUGUUCCCCCUAUUUAGCUAGGAAGCAACUACGUCCGCAGUUUUGUUUCCCCACGACCUGCACGGUCCUGCGCGUUCGAUCGCAACUCGACUCCCAUAGCUGCAACCACCAUCGUCUGCCCUCGGCCGUAGUCCUGCCGCCGUCCCCGCCCCCGCUCCACCGGCCGACGCCAGCGGCCUCAUCCGGGACCAUGGAUUCGAAAUCUUUGCUCGAUGAGAUGGACAAGAAGAUGCACUUGGAGAGGGAGGAGAUGGACAAGAAAGUCAGCAACGAACGUGCAGCUGUAGACGGGGUGAUAAAGCAUGAGCGGGACAAUAUGGACCUCAAGAUCAAGCAAAUCGAUGCAGAGACGGAUAAGAAGUUGACGUUGGAUUGUCAACAAAUGGACAUUAAGGUAAAGCAAGAACGUGCCUUGGAUCAUGCAUUGAAGCUAGAGCGUGAUAAAAUGGUCAAGGAGAUAAAGAAGAUCCGUAAGGACAUGGAUCAGAAGUUGCGGCAGGUGCGGGAUGAGAUGGACCACACUGUACAGCUUGAGCAUGCAAAGAUGGACUCCAGGAAUAUGCAGGCACGUGCAGACAUUGAUAAAAAAUUGCAGCACGAUCGUCAAGAGUUGGAUUCGAAAUCUUUGCUAGAGCAAGUCCGCAUGGAAGCCAAGAUGAUGCAGAACCGUGCGAGGAUAGCUUCAAAGGCUACCACCGAGCAAAUACAGUUGCAUAGCCCUCGACCUGAAGAACCGGUCUCAUAUUUUCUCCCGGAACUUGUAAUGGAAUUUAGUGUUACCGUCGACGGGGAAAUUUCUUAUAGUCCGAAAGGAUACUUCGGAGGACGUACCGGUUACAUGAUUGUUAGGGAACCUGACGUUGGAGUGGUCGAUGAUGGUGAACCAUUUGCGUGUUCAUGGUUAUAAAGGGGAUGCCGAUUUGUACUACCUUGAGCCUGGUUGCAUACCACCUGACGGAAUGGUCUUAAUGUCAGGUCCAGAGCAUGUAGAACAAAUGAUGCAGGCUCAUAAAGGCAAAAAGAAGUGUCAGUUGUACAUCAUCAGGAAUGGUUCAUGGUCAGAUGAUUGUGAUGAUGGAAUGAAUGAAGAGGGUCAAUUCGACCAUUUUAAUUCGUGGGAGCCCAUCGAUAGAUGGGACGAAGGGCACACGCACAAACAUGGAUCAGCUGCACUAAUGGAGCAACCAGCAUCGAACUAUCAUAAGAAGGCAUUGACUUUUAGCAGUGGCGAAGAGGACAUGGACUCAUAAUCAUUCCGCAUCGAGAGAGAACUAGAUGUUUACUACAGCUUUUGCUUGUAAUUGCUUGUUUUUAUGGGCUAUUUUCAGCCAGAGAACUCUAGUGAAACAGAUAAUAAAGUUUUUUGUUUAUUUCAUUUAGUAAUUGACAAAAAAUAAAUCAUAUCAAUGUAAAAGCUCAAGAUUGAAAUAGAUACUGCAACCAAGAAGGAGCUUGUCAGGCAUGCAGGAGCCCA